AUGCCGGUCUCAGAACCCUCGACGCCUCAGGCUCCCGAGACGAGGGACCUCCAUAAUGAAGAUGCUGAGACGUCCGUAACCGCUACUCCAACCGAUCUCUCCACUCAAACACAGAAGGAAACCUCGAAACCAGAUAACAACCAAACCGGCGAGAUGGGCCAAGAAGAGGUGAAAGAGCCUCUGGAGUCGGUUGCUGCCUCGGAUUCCGCUUUGAAACCCUCGACAAUAGCUCCCCAACCCGCAUCACUACUUGGUCAAGAGCCACUUGCGGGGCGGAUGGAAAGCCUGUCAGUCUCAGGAAAUACCAUACCAGACCAGUCACCUAGCGCAAACGCCCCUCCUCCUCCUACUCCUCCCGAAAAGGAUGAUGUCUACCUCAACUCAACCUCCACGGCCCCCGCGCGAACAGUCCCACCUAUUGAUACAAGCUCCGCCAACCCCGAGAAAGAGCUCCCAGACGUGCCCAGCCAGAAUGACACAGAGACAAAACGAGCUGCUCAAAGCGAAGAAGCUCGAGAAGAGAAUGAUUCGCAGCCAGAGAUUCAAAGCAUCAUGGGACAAUUCCAGGACCCCGCGCGGAGCACCGACCAACAAGAAAUCAUGUCUCCCCGACUCGAGCUUGCUGAUCAGUUCCGCGGUCCCAACUAUUUCCCGCCGCGCAAGUCGAGUCUUGAUCCUGCGCCUCCGGCUGAAUCUCCAGCUUCUCCGGUAGGCACAUCGCCAGAGAGUCAGACAUUACCCAAAGUACCCCACAAGUCUGUUGCCCAUGAUGAGUCGAUGUCAACCCGGCGGUCGUCUACCUCAACGGUUCCACCAAUGCCAGAACCCGAAUCAGAGCAGCCCUUUGACUUCCACCGGUUUCUCGAACAACUGCGCCACCGUACUGCAGACCCGGUGGCUAAGUUCUUGCGCUCAUUUCUUAUGGAGUUUGGAAAGAAGCAAUGGAUGGUCCAUGAACAAGUCAAAAUUAUCAGUGAUUUCCUGACGUUUAUUACGAAUAAAAUGGCGGUAUGCGAAAUCUGGCGCGAUGUUUCAGAUAGCGAAUUCGAUAAUGCCAAAGAAGGCAUGGAGAAGCUUGUCAUGAACCGCUUGUACUCCCAGACUUUCGCACCGGCCAUCCCGGCUCCUCCAACAAUACCCAGGAGUGCAAGUCGGAGCCGACGGAGAGAGCUCGAGAGGCUUCAUGGGCCUUGGCGACGAGGUCAGCACCAAGAGGAUAUUGAACGAGACGACAUCCUGGCCCAGAAGAUUCGCAUAUAUGGCUGGGUCAAUGAAGCACAUCUCGAUAUUCCACCGGUGAGCGGCGGUGGACGUCGGUUCUUGAAUUUAGCGCAGCAAGAAUUAUCCAAAAUUAAUGGCUACCGGGCUCCACGAGAUAAGGUGAUCUGCAUCCUCAAUUGCUGCAAGGUUAUCUUUGGUCUUUUGAAGAAUACCAAAAAGGCCGAUACGUCCGCGGACUCCUUCAUCCCUCUCCUGAUCUAUGUUGUUUUGCAUGCAAACCCAGAUCAUCUUGUCUCCAACAUUCAAUACAUUCUACGAUUCCGCAACCAAGACAAACUCGGCGGGGAAGCAGGAUACUACCUGUCGUCUUUGUCUGGAGCAAUCCAAUUCAUCGAAACCCUCGACCGCACCAGUCUAACCGUCAGCGACGAAGAAUUCGAGUCAAACGUCGAGGCUGCCGUUUCCGCCAUCGCAGAACAGAAUCGUGAAUCGGAAACCUUCCAAGAAAAACCAUCAACCCAACCCGCCCCCUCCCAACCACAAGCCGGCCCAAGCCGCAAAGAAGCACCCCAGUCCAGCGACGACGAUGCUGCCGCCCCCGUCGCAGGAUUACUUCGCACCAUCCAAAAACCUCUCUCCACUAUUGGUCGCAUCUUCUCCGACGAUGGUGACGCUGGUUCUUCAGCUUCCCAAGACCGCCCCCAACCCGUCCCCACACCUCAACCUGGCAUCGCUCCAGCCCGUCUCACCCCGAACGUCUACCAACCCCCGCGUGCAAGUAGCGAGGAAAGACGUCGCUCUGGCGAUGAGCGCUCCGGCCCUAUCCGCCAUGGCAGCGGAGCCUCCGCCAAAAAGAACUUGACCCGUGUGCUCGAUGCCCAGGACGCGGCGGCCCGCCAGGCUAGCGCUGAAGAUGCCGAGGCGCGCCGCAUCCAACGCAAAGAACAUAAUAAUGUUGUCGAGACGCUGUCAAACAUGUUUCCCAAUCUGGACAAGGACGUCAUUGAUGAUGUCGUUAAGAUUAAAGAGGGCAGGGUCGGUCUCGCUGUGGAUGCAUGUCUCGCUCUCAGCGCAGAGUAG